AUGAACAUCCGAGUCCAGUCAGAGUCCAAUUACCAAAUCCAGGGUCUGUCGAAGAAAACUUGCUUUUCACACAUUGAGCCCAACCUAAAGGCCCAGAACGAGGUGAAGACUAUGGUUUUAUAGAGAAGACUUACUUUUAUGUUAGUUGUGAGCUGAGGUAUUUCAACAGGUUCACAGGCAGUGUUAAACAAAACUGUUCAAAGAGCUGGAAAUCUUUCACCAUAAUAUUUCUUUUAGAUUUAUUCCUAAAUUGAAGUUCUACAUUUGUAUAGUAUAGUUAUAUAAUGACUUCUCAGGCAUUUGAACCAAGAUUUCCAGCUCUUUAAACAGUUUUGUUGAACAUUUUUAAGCCAAAUAGUCAGCAUUUAGCUCACAUACAUCAUGGCUGUUUACUUGCCUGUGAACCUGUUGAAAUACCUCAGCUCACAACCAACAUAACAUAUAUAUGUAUGUAUAUGUAGUUUUGUAUUUGUAUGUCAGUGAUAUUGCCUGGUGGCAUAAAGACCAGGGGCUUCAGCCUAGGAGUAAGUUUUAUUGCCCCUCCCAAUAUAGUUAUUACAGUACGACGUAAGUCCCUCCCAAAACCUCACAUAAUGCCAUGCCCCAUGUCUAGCCCUAAACCUUAACAUACUCUAUAAAUCACAUUGAGACACCAAGUCUUUGAAUGAUUCAGAGUAUCACACAAACCUAUAUUUAGAAAUUCCACACCUGCUAUAUUAACUCCAAGCCUUGAUGUAUUAAAGGGAUACUAUAGGAUUUAAAUCUACUUUAGCUUAAUGGAGUGGUUCUGGUGUAUAGAUCAUGCCCCUGCAGUCUCACUGCUCGAUUCUCUGCCAUUUAGGAGUUAAAUUACUUUUCUUUCUGUUUAUGCUGCCCUAGCCACACCUCCCCUGGCUGUGACUCACACACCUUGCUGGAAACAAUUGUUUCAUUUUAAUCAGAUGUUAACUUGCUUUAGCCUUUUUAAUUCCAGCUCUUUAAAUUGAGUAUUAAUCACACACAGGAGGCUCUGGCAAGGUCUUGAAGGCUAUUAAUGGAGCAGGAAAUAAGAAAUUCUAAAUUAAACAGAUUGUGCAAUACAGGAACUUAAAAUAACAAGGAUAUUUUCCAGGAAGUGUUUAGAAAGGCUGUACAAGUCACAUUUAGGAAGGUGGGACUAGGGUAGUAUACAUAAGCAAUUUAAACCUAAUGGCAGAACAUUGACCAGUGAGACUGCAUAGGCAUAAUCUAUACACCAAAACAGCUUCAUUAAGCUAAAGUUAUUUUGGUGCCUAUAGUGCCCCUUAAAUCUUUCACUCACAGCAAUACCCCAUACUGUAUUAACGGGAAACUAUAGGCUAGGAAUAUAAAAUCAUAUCCCCUCCAGUGCACAAAGGGUUAAAAAUCCUUAAUUCACUUACCUGAAUCCACCUUUGAUAAUCCUCCCCGAUUAUGCCGCAAGCGCAUUAGGACAGCCCCAUAGGAAAAUGGUAGACAGCCACUAGAAGUGGAAUUGACCCUGCAAUGUAAUUAUUACAGUUUCUCAAUAACUGCAAUAAUUACCAUUGCAGGGUUAAAUGGAUAGGGACAGUGCAACGUGGUCUGGGUGCCUAUACGGUCCCUUUAACCCCACACCCACAGGUAAAAGGUGUGACGGACCGCCUACCACCCCGACUGAAUGCCUCUGUCGAACGAUGCUCCUAGUGCUCGCCAAGGACCAUCAGCACCGCACUCGACACCAUAACCACUGCAAACCCCACGAACCGCCACAGCUUGGUUGGGUUUUGCCGUCCUCCACCCACCCUGGACCCAAGACCGGGCUCCAGCUUCCAGUGGGUGAACCUCUCCUUAGUCCAGAGAGCAAAACAGGAACAGGAACAGCUCUUACAAGAGCUAGUGAUUAUACUCUGGGGAGUAUAGUGAUUAUAGCAAUCCCCUGAGUGUAGUUCUCCAAUCCCACAAACAUGAGCCAAGACUUCAUGAAGGGUAGAACAGGUCUGUUUAAUGCAAGCCAGCACUCACAAUUUAUACAAUUCCUCAGACCAGAGGCCCACUCCUUGGGCCUGAUGGAACACAGGCACACAAACCAAUCAGAACAAUACAACAAUGUCUGACAAUCCCACAUACAACACACAAGCCCUCCACUCUGCCUAUGAUACAAUUAACUAAGACAAUGGACUAACUCAAUUAACUCUAAGCAGAAAAAACAUACAUUUUUCCAAACCCCGAAAAGUACCCCAAAACACAACAUAUCCCUCACAUCUCCUGAUAGCCCCGAUCUGGGUGAACAACAUAUCCAAAAAUCACCCAGAUCAGUUCAGGAAUUUCCUGGAAGUCUUAUUUUUGCCCCACCGUGCACAUGGUCCCAUGCCCAAAACAGUUCCAUACACUCGACGGCAAAACACUGCUGGACAAUUUCCACCGCCACAUGUUUGAAUCUGUUCCAGUUAAAAGUCCAAGGGGCAGAAACAGUGCCUUUAAAAUCCAAUAUGUCCAAAUAGUGUUUUUAAAGGGCAAUAUAUCCCAGGGGCCAUAGACACAGGGCAAGAGGCUGGCAAGCAGGCCUCUCUAAGUCCCAGUGACGAAGGUGCUUUCAUCACAAAAGAUAUUACAGCCCAUAAAAAAAAUCAAUGGAAGUGAGUAGUCUGCUUAAGGUGAGCAUGACUUCAGAAAAUAAAUGGAAUUGUGGUGGCAAGUAACAUUUAGACUUGACUAAUAGCUUAGAAUCUGCACUUUUUCUUGUAAAUAAAUGCACAAGGCAUUUUACUAAACAGUAUGAAUAUUUUUCUGACACAAGAAUUUAAAUUAUUUAUUCAGCAACAGAAACUUUAAUGAUAACUAAUUGAUGAUAGUGUCAUGUUUAAAUAAAUAAUUUGUUGCAGAACAAAUAACCUGAUAUGUAAAUUGUAUUUUGUCCUUAGGAUGAGAAAAAUCAAAUGUUGACAACUUACAUCUGGUACAAUCAGGUAAAUAUCCUAUAAUACACAAAUAGCUAAUUCUCUAUUCUUUUUAACAUCUAAUUCCAAGUUUUAAUUAAGUUUACAGAAUGAUAUAAUUAGAACUUAGAAAGUCAUGACAUAAUGCUGUCCACAAGGGAACGAAUGAAAACAAAAAUGUUAAUCUGCUCUUAUUCCCACUGACACAUGUGGCGAAUGUAUUAUUAAACUAUUCUUACAUAAUUCAAUUGUGCUUCCAUAAUUCAGCUAGUUUAACAUGUAAUUGAAAUUUUACUAUAUUUGGACUCUAAAUCUAUAACAAUGUAGUGUUAAAUCAAUCAUAUUUAUUGUGUGUUUUCUUUAGUCAUGGGUAGAUGAAUUUCUUACCUGGGAUCCCAAUGAUUAUGAAAAUGUGACUCAGAUGACUUUUCCAACAAAUUCUGUCUGGAUCCCUGAUAUAUUUAUUCUAGAAUUGUAAGUAUACCAAUCAAAUUAAGGAUACAAAUAUUGCAAUAUAUAAAUAUAUAUAUAUAUAUAUAUAUAUAUAUAUAUAAUGGUUAGGUGGUUGUUUGUAUGGAUUGGGGUCAUGCUUAUAGCUAUGAUUGGUAAACAUACAUAUACAUAUGCAUACACAAAUACACACAUACACAUAUAUAUAUAUAUAUAUAUAUAUAUAUAUAUAUAUAUAUAUAUAUAUAUAUAUAUAUAUAUAUAUAUAUAGGAUGAGAGCCAGACUAUAGAAAAUUAUUUAUAUCUAUAUAUUGAUAUAUAGAUAUAUACAGUUAGGAACAGAAAUAUUUGUACACUGACACAAUUUUUGUUAUUUUGUCUAUUUACCAUAAUAAAUAUAAGCUACCGUUAAAGGAUCACUAUAGGGUCAGGAACACAAACAUGUAUUCCUGACCCUAUCGUGUUAAAAACACCAUCUAGCCCCCUUGGGCCCCUCAUGCCUUACUAAAUAUAGCAAAAUAUUACUUGUAUUUAAGCCUGAAGCUGUAGCUCUGCUGACAUCAUCAGAAGUGGUGGACUGAUCCAAUCACAGUGCUUCUCCAUAGGAUUGGCUGAGACUGACAAGGAGGCAGAUCAGGGGCAGAGCGAGCACAAUUCAAACACAGCCCUGGUCAAUCAGCAUCUCCUCAUUGAGAUGAAUUGAAUCAAUGAAUCUCUAUGAGGAAAGUUCAGUGUCUGCAUGCAGAGGGAGGAGAUACUGAAUGUUUGGAUGCAUUUUAGGCAGCCAUGAACCAGGAAGGAUCUCUAACAGCCAUCUGAGGAGUGGCCAGUGAAGUUAUCACUAGGCUGUAAUGUAAACACUGCAUUUUCUCUGAAAAGACAGUGUUUACAGCAAACAGCCUGAAGGUAAUGAUUCUACUCACCAGAACAAAUUCAAUAAGCUGUAGUUGUUGUGGUGACUGUAGUGUCCCUUUAAAUGAUGAGUAUGUGCUUAAAGUAUAGCCUCUCGGCUUUAAUUUGAGGGUAUUCACAUCCACGUUGGAAGAAGGGCUUAGGAAUUACAGCUCUUUAAUGUGUAGCCCUUUCUUUUUCAAGGGACCAAAAGUAAUAGGACAAGUGACUCAAAAGCUGUUGCGAGGAGAGUGGAGGGCUAUUCCUUCGGUAUUUCUUUAUCAAUUAAGCAAGUAAAAGAUUUGGAAUAGAUUCUAGGAGUGUCAUUCACAUUUGGAAGCUUUUGCUGUGAACCCACAACAUGCGGUCUAAAGAGCUCUCAAUGCAAGUGAAACAGGCCAAUGAAACAGGCCAUCCUUAGGCUGCAAAAAAAAAAUAUAUCAGAGAGAUAACAGGAACAUUAUGAGUGGCCAAAUCAACAGUUUGGGAUAUUCCAAGAAAAAAAGAAAGCACUGACUAACUCUGCAACUCUGUAAUUACUCUUGAUGCAACAUCACUGCUCUGAGUUACUAUGACAGCUCUCUGUAUAAUACACAUUUUCAAUAGUUUUUUUGUUUUGCAUAUAGCAGUCCAUGUUAGCAGUUCAUGUUGGUAAGCUCAUUAGCUCUUUUGGCUUCCAAUAUCAUUUUUAUGCGGAUGACAUGCAAAUCUAUCUCUCCUCUCCUGAUCUCUCCCCGUCCCUCUUGACUAGUGUCUCUAACUGCCUCUCUGCUAUUUCUAAUUGGAUGGUUGCCCACUUCCUAAAACUCAACUUGACCAAAAUUGAAAUUCUGGUCUUUCCUCCCUCAAGUGUUGCUACUCCUGUGUCUGCGUCCCUCCAAGUCAACGGUGCUACCAUCAGCUCCACCAUGCAGGCUCGCUGCCUAGGUGUUCUCUUUGACUCUGACCUCUCUUUCACACCUCAUGUCUAUCGUCAAAUACUGCCGCUUCCAUCUCAAAAACAUUGCGCGCAUCUGACCCUACUUAACACCAGAUGCGACUAAGGUGCUGGUCCAUUCCACUGUCCUUUCUUGCCUUGACUACUGUAAUCUGCUUCUCAGUGGUCUUAUGUGCUUCCAACUUGCGCCGUUAUAGUCCACAAUGAAUGCGAUGGCAAGGCUAAUCUUCCUGUGCACCCGCACCUCCCACACCUCAUCCUUCUGUCAGUCCCUACAUUGGCUUCCUGUAAGAUAUAUGGCUCAAUUUAAAAUUCAGGUUCUUGCUUUCAAAUCUCUACAUAAUGCUCUUCCCUCCUAUGUAUUCUCCCUAAUACACAAGUAUGUCCUGUCUAGACCCUUAUGCUCUGCUGAAGACUUACAUCUAUCUUCUGUCCAUACUUCCACCUCUGAUGCUCGCCUUCAAGACUUCUCGAGGGCUGCACCGUUCCUGUGGAACUCACUUCCUUCCUUCGUUAGAUGGUCACCCAGUCUCCACUCCUUCAAAAAAUCAUUAAAAACCCACUUCUUCGUAAAAGCGUAUUAAUUGAACUGCUAAUAGCUCCCUACUUAUUCCUCUCUUGCAACUGUCAUUAGACUAAUACUAUCCUUACAUUUUGUGUCACUUUACCCCACUCCCUCUAGCAUGUAAGCUCAUUGAGUAGGGCCCUCAACCACUCUGUUCCUGUGUGUCCAGCUUGUCUGGUUACAACUACAUGUCUGUUCGUCCACCCACUGUAAAGCGGUGCGGAACUUGUUGGCGCCAUAUAAGUAAUAACAUAAUAAUAAUAAUGUUAGAAAACAUUUUAAACUAUGUUUAAACUAUAUUUUUCAUGUGUGAUUAGUUUGUACUGAUAACUUUCAACUUUUUUUCAGAUCAUGAUACUUCCAUAUAUCUUCCUCAAUGAGAUCAUAAGAUGAGGGCACAUACCAUUUUGCAUUGUGGUAAUAUCGGAGGCUAUACUUUUGUAGCAUUUAGGAAUUAUCCUGAGAAUAGUACAUCUAUAUCUAUACUGUGUUCCUUUAGUUUCACCAUUUUCAUGUUUAGAAUACUGAUAUGCUGUUACAUAUGGUAUAUGAGUGCAUGUAUGAGUUGUUCAAUUCUUUUUUCUCAGUGUGGAUAUAGAAAAGUCCCCAGAUGUCCCUUUUGUCUCCAUCAACAACGAAGGCCGAAUCCACAAUAACAAACCCAUUCAAAUAGUGACUUCCUGCAACCUUAAUAUCUACUAUUUCCCGUUCGAUUUGCAAAACUGUACGCUCACCUUCACCAGCUGGAUUCAUCCAAGUAUGUUUUUUACCAUCCUAUUGUGAUGAGGGUAUUCCACUGAGGAACCCUUACCUGAGGAACCUCCAAUGAGUAUAAGAAAGUAUUAGUGUGAAAGCAUUAAUUUUACAUUUAGAAUUAAUUCACACAUAUAUAAUGCAAAACUGUUAUCACUAAGGUUUAGAAGACACUAAGUAUCACUUAGUCUUAAUAUGUGCAGAAAAUACCACAAAAAAAAAGCUGAAUAACCAUGAAAGUGUUCUGUAAUUAGUACACCAACAUGGAGGCAGGAUUUAUUUUAGAACAAAGUCUCUAUAGAUCCAUAUAAGGUAAAUUGGAACUUUCAAAACAAUAAAUAAUACAAUUAUUGAUUGCUAAACAAUGUAAAAAACAGUGUAUAUAAAUUUUAGAGCAUUUUUGUGCUUUGUCUUUUAAUGUUAUUUUUGUUGUUGUUUGUGUGAAAUGCAUUCUAGUUCAUGAUUAGAAACCAGCCUAGAUGUGGCUAUAUGCAAGAAAUGUUCUAACCACACAGGGUCUGAAUUGUUAAGAUAAAAUAUAUAUAUUUUUUUCAUAUACAGUAGAUGUGAUAAAAAUAAAUAGAUUUGCAAGGACCCUGAAGGCAAUAGUCAGAGCACACCUUACUACAAAACAACACAAUGUAAAAAUCGUUAUCAAGCUCUGGAAUGAGAAUCAGGGCCGGACUGGGGAUUCCAAAGCAGCCCUGGAAAAAAAUCUAUGCCAGCCCCAUAAGUCAUUGCGCCAUAUAUUGUCGCAUGUAAUAUGUAAGGCUAUGUCUUGCAACCCUAGAUGAUUGAUAUAUAUAUAUAUAUAUAUAUAAAAAACCAAACGGAUCUUGCACUCCACCAAUUCAAUAAUCAAUGCCCAGUGCUUGUCAGCCAAAAAUGCAAAAAAUAUUGCCAGAGAUAGCACUCCAAGGACUAAUAUAAAAUAUAACUUUUAUUACCUCCACUAAAACAACACAAGGUCAACGUUUCAGCUUGAUCCCCUCAAGCUUUCGUCAGGACAUCUGUGACUGAAUUGUAUGAUCCAUUGAAACUUCCUGCACUGUUUGAAAGCAGGGCUGUGCCUGCAUUUUCAGAAAUCUUGCAGGCAUUAAAUAAUUUAAUAGUGACUUCUGGAAGAGAAAUUUGUUCCUCUACAGGCUGGCAAUCAUACCUACAAUAUAAAUGAAGCCGAUUGAGGUUUUUUGGACUCAUUAUCUUACUGUGAAAUACAUUAAAAUAAAACCACUUAUACUUGAUUUUGGUAGUGAAAUGGUUAAUAUUGAUCUGUGGUUUAUGGUAUUCACUAACAUCCAAAUCCUAACCAAAUUAAUGGAUCCCUUUUUUCAAAUGGAUUUCACUGCUGCGGUGAGAUUCAUUUCAAAAUAAUUCAACUAAAUUGAAAACAGCUGAAAUGUGACAGAGUUUCCCUUCUGGAUAAAAAAAUAAAUAAAUUAGGUUUGGGGAAAAUUUAGGUUUGUGGUAUCCUUCCAGGCCUAAUGGGUAUAGUGGGUAGCAUUAGAGUAACUAAGGAUUAGGGAGGAAUAAAGUCUUAUGUGCAAAUUCCCUGGUCUGUAUUAGGGGAACUAAUCAAGGCAAUUCAGUUGCAAUUUGACUGUUUGUGAAUAGCCUAAUGACCCAUAUUACAUGGAGAUUCAGAUGGUUUUAUCAGAAGUGCAGAUGAAUGGAAGUGUAAAUUCAUUUGACUUUUGUGAAUAGCUGAGUGGGUUAAAACAGGUGAAUUGUGACAUCUUACUUUUUUCUUGAUAUAAGAGUAGUACAAUGAGCUUUUGAUGCAAUAAUCCUUUAUGUGGUUCUCUUGUUUUUAUUCCCUUCAAUACCAGGAUCGUGUAUAAACAUUUUUAUUUUUGUGUAUUUUGCUAUAUGAAAUUUGUCCAUAAAGCCUCAGUGACCCUCAUGUAUACUCUAGUUAUGUUAUGUUACCAGCCUGUAGAGCAAGCAUGUCAAACUCAAACUCUAGCAAGGGCCAAAUAAACAAGGUUUAAGUUUAUGAGGGCUGCAAAAAAAACAAACAAACAAAAAAAUAACUUAUUUUCAUAGAAACGUAGGUUUAUUUUGAAAAGUACAGUAUAAAAAAAAAAACAGCAUCCCCCUCUACUAAACCACAGCACCCCCCAUAUACUAAAUCCCAUUCCCCCAUCUAUUAAAUCCCAGCACCCCCCUCUAGCCAACAAACAGACUCCACUCACAUUGCCGCUGCCAGUAUGCGACUCCGGAGCCCGGCCUCUGGUAUACCCCAUAUGGCGCUGUCCACAGCCUGUGCCAAAGUGGAUCCUCCCGCUACUUAUUGACACCAUGUCGACUUCACGUUGGAGUGUGAAUUGGCGUUGCGUGCCUGCGUGCACCUCCAGGUCCUCCACUGUACAGCCACGGCCAUCGCAACACUGACAGACACACACACACACACACACACACACUGACAGACAUACUCACUGACACACACACACACAGACAGACACACACACUCACUGACAGACACACACUCACUGACAGACACUCACUCACUGACAGAUACACACACACUCACUGACAGACACACACACACACACUGACAGACACACACACUGACAGACAGACACACACACACUGACAGACGCACACACACGCUGACAGACAGACAUACACACUGACAGACACACACACUCACUUACAGACAGACACACAGACACCCACAGACAGACACACACACACUCACUGGCAGACACACACACUCACUUACAUAAAGACACACUCACUGACAGACACACACACUCACUGACAGACACACACACUCAAACUCACUGACAGACACACAGACAUAUUCACUGACAGACAGACACACACUCACUGACAGAUACACACACAGGCACACACUCACAGACACACACUCAAUGACACACAUACACACUCACACACACACUCACUGAUACACAGACAAACACACACACACAGACACUCACUGACAGACACACACACUCACAUAAACACACACACACUCACUGACAGACACACACACACACUCACUGACACGCACACAAACUCACUGACAGACACACAGACAUAUUCACUGACAGACACACACACUUACUGACAGACACACACACACACACACUUACUGACAGACACACACUUGCUGAAACACAGACAGACACACACACUCACCCACUGAAAAACACACUGACAGACACACACUUAGACAUUCUUGCACACACUCACAUUAUUGUAAUUAUUCCUGGGGAUAUUCUGUCUGGAGAUCUCCUUCCUGCUCCUCACUGCUCCCUCGCGUGCCAGGUGCUGGAAUAUGACAUCAUAUCCCGGCACCUGGCAUCACUACAGACGGCACGCACGAAUUAUAGCAGAGUAGGCACCUGCAAUGUGGGGAAAGCAAGUGCCUACUCUUCUUGGAACACUAGACAUGUACUUGUGGCUUGCUGGGCUGCAAAGCUGUCCAUUGUGGGCCGCGAGUUUGACAUGUUUGUUGAAGAGGAACAUGUCUUUGACAAAAACCACUAGUAACUUAUAUAAUGAAUGUAAAGUUGCUGAAAAUGUCAGCUCGCCCCUGCUUUCAAACAGAACAGGAUAUUUCACUGGGUCGUACCAUUCUUACUGUCAGAAAGGAAACAGGACUCUUAUUAUUACAGUGUCAGCAUUACAUUGGCAUUUCAGAGAUUGAUGUGGAUUUCAUAAAGCAGUUUUAUAUAUCUUUAUUUUAGAAAUAUAUGAUUUUACUGUAUAUGGGCAUUAUACUCAAAAGCAAAUCUUUAUGUUCUUUAGCAAUUGUCUAUACUGCUAGUAAUACAUUCAAGGUCCUUACAAAUACCGAUAAGCAAGGUUUUUGACCAUUUUUAGUUAUAUAUUUUUGUUACACCUACUGCAUGUGAGAAAAUUUUUCUUUUACUCUGAUCAGUGGUAUAGCUAGGGGGGGCAGUCAGCCUCUGGUGGGACUUUUUGGGGGGCGACUCUGGAGCACAGCACAGCUCUCUGUCUCACUUAAAAAGUGCCACCCACUUUUCGAGGUAAUCAGGGGUCCUUUAACAUUGCACCGGACCAGGCCCCUGUCAUUUUGUGAGUUCCCCCACAGCCUGCUGGGAGGAAAUUAGUUCAGGUCACCUCCUCCUUAACAGGGCGCUGCAUAGGGAUAAGGAUGAGGUGGACUGAUGAAGCCUGGAAUCUCAGACUCCCAUUGACCUCAUCAGCCAGCUCCCACUGGUGCACAGGAAACAGGAGGGUGGCUAAAAUAUGUAAAUUGUUAUUUAUAUAAGUGUGUGUAUGCGCACCUGGGUCUGUGAGUAUAUGUGAUAGUGCUUAACUGUGUGUCAGUGUGUGUAUCUGGCUGUGUGUGUCAGUGGGUAUGUGUGUCUGUUUUUGUGCACUUGUGUGUCUGUGUAUAUGUACCUGUGUGUAUGUGUACUUGUGUGUCAGUGUUUGUAUGUACCCGUGUGUCUGUGUACCUUUGUGUCAGUGUGUAUGUGUACCUGUGGAUCUUUGUAUGUGUACUUAUGUGUCAGUGUGUAUAUACCUGUGUGUGUACCUGUGGGGCAAUGUGUAUGUGUACCUGUGUCCCUGUGUAUCUGUGUGAGUCUAAUCGUGUGUGCAUAUGUGUGUAGAAAUGUAUACAUCCCAGAAUUCCAAUGCCAACACUGCACACAAAUACACCCCUGCAUUCCAACACUAACACUGCUUACAAAUACACCCCUGCAUUCCAAUGCUAACACUGCUUAUAAAUGCACCGCUGCAUACCAACAACACUGCUUACAAAUACACCCCUGCAUUCCAACGCUAACACUGCUUACAAAUACGCCCCUACAUUCCAAUGCUAACACUGCACACAAAUACACACCUGCAUUCCAAUGCUAACACUACUUACAUAUACACAUGCCACAAGCUGUGCGGAGGGGCAGGGAUAUGAAUCACGUCACAUUCCUGCUCUCUGUAUGCAACCAGCGAGACUUGGUGAUAGGGCUGGUCUGAGAGGGCCGGCAAACUCAGGGACCACCCCCGGCGGCAAAAGGUUUAGCUAUGCCACUGGUUCUAACAUUCUAACAUUCCAGACCCUGUGUGAAAUAUUGCAAUAAAAAUGACACUGUAUAUUGUGUAAGUAAUUUCACUUAUUACAUAUUAUUAUAAAGGAAGAAUGAAUAGUGAAAAUGAAAUUGUGUAAAUGUACACAUUUUUCAUUUUUAAGUUUGUCUGCAAAGCAAAAUAUACACAAAACUGUGUUAUUAUAUGUUUAUAUGCCAGAUAUGCAUCCUAUCUUCAAAUAAAUGGUAUGCUAAUAUAUUUUCAAUGAAAAACUGCUUAGUGGUGAAGGGGUUAACUAGUGUGAAAGUAUGUGGUUUCUUAAAAGACCUAUAUUUUAUUCAAUUAACUUAUUUAAAAUAUCAUCACACUAUUGUAUUCAACUUUUUUACAUGUACCCUGCAAAAAGAAUAGUUUUGAAUAUUUUGCUUUAAUUGUCCAUAUUUUAUAUACAUUUUACUUCUAGAACAAUUAACAUUUUUGUUUUAUAUUGAGAAAUCAUUUUUGAAUUUUGUUAAAAAAUGUUUGGCAUCUUUGUUGUCAAGAGAGGUGAAUGGUGGCAGGGAAGUUUUUUUUUAUAUACAGUGAGGAAAAAAAGUAUUUGAUCCUCUGCUGAUUUUGAACAUUUGCCCACUGACAAAGAAAUGAUCAGUCUAUAAAUUUAAUGGUGUUAGUGUUUUAACAGUGAGAGACAGAAUAACAACAACAAAAUCCAGAAAAACGUCAAACGAAAAAUGUCAAAAAAGUUAUACAUUGAUUUGCAUGUCAAUGAGUAAAAUAAGUAUUUGACCCCUUCAAAUUGGUACUUGGUGGCAAAACCCUUGUUGGCAAUCACAGAGGUCAGAAGCUUCUUCUAGUUGGCCACCAGGUUUGCACAUAUCUCAGGAGGGAUUUUGUCCCACUCCUCUUUGCAGAUCCUCUUCAUUAAGGUUUCGAGGCUGACGUUUGGCAAUUUAAACCUUCAGCUCCAUCCACAGAUUUUUCAUGGAAUUAAGGUCUGGAGACUGGCUAGGCCACUCCAGGACCUUAAUGUGCUUCUUCUUGAGCCACUCCUUUGUUGCCUUGGCUGUGUGUUUUGGGUCAUUGUCAUGCUGGAAUACCCAUCCACGACCCAUUUUCAAUGCCCUGGCUGAGGGAAGGAGGUUCUCGCCCAAGAUUUGAUGGUACAUGGCCAUGUCCAUCGUCCCUUUGAUGUGGUGCAGAAAUUACCCUCAAAGCAUAAUGUUUCCACCUCCAUGUUUGACGGUGGGGAUGGUGUUCUUGGGGGUCAUAGGCAGCAUUCCUCCUCCUCCUCCAAACAUGGCAAGUUGUGGCCAAAGAGCUUGAUUUUGGUCUCAUCUGACCACAACACUUUCUCCUGGUUCUCCUCUGAAUCAUUCAGAUGUUCAUUGGUAAACUUCAGAUGGGCCUGUACAUGUGCUUUCUUGAGCAGGGGGACCUUGCAGGCGCUGCAAGAUUUCAGUCCUUCAUGGCAUAGUGUGUUACCAAUUGUUUUCUUGGUGAUUAUGGUCCCAGCUGCCUUGAGAUCAUUAACAAGAUGCUCCCGUGUAGUUCUGGGCUGAUUCCUCACUGUUCUCAUGAUCAUUGAAACUCCACAAGGUGAGAUCUUGCAUGGAGCACCAGACCGAGGGAGGCUGACAGUUAUUUUGUGUUUCUUCCAUUUGCGAAUAAUCACACCAACUGUUGUCACUCUUUCACCAAGCUACUUGGCGAUGAUCUUGUAGCCCAUUCCAGCCUUGUGCAGGUCUACAAUCUUGUUCCUGACAUCCUUGGACAGCUCUUUGGUCUUGGCCAUGGUGGAGAGUUUGGAACCUGAUUGAUUGAGUGCUUCUGUGGACUGGUGUCUUUAAUGCAGGUAAUGAGCUGAGAUUUGGAGCACUCCCUUUAAGAGAGUGCUCCUAAUCUCAGCUCGUUACCUAUAUAAAAGACACCUAGGAGCCAUAAAUCAUGCUGGUUGAUCAAAUACUUAUUUCAUUCAUUGACAAGCAAAUCAAUUUAUAACUGUUUUGACAUGCAUUUUUCUUUUCUUUUUUUUUUUGUUAUUCUGUCUCUCACUGUUAAAAUAUACCUACCAUUAAAAUUAUAGACUGAUCAUUUCUUUGUCAGUGGGCAAACGUUCAAAAUCAGCAGGGGAUCAAAUACUUUUUCCCCUCACUAUAUGGAAAUAUGUAAUGUUUAAGGGAAUCUUAAUGGCAAUAUAAUUACAUAGAGACUUUAAAAAGAAAAAACUCUGCAUACGUUAACAGUGAGUUUUCAUGUCUACAUAAAGCAAUAUAGAUUUCUCUAUGAAAACCUCUAAUAAUUAUUUAUUUUCUGGAGAAGCCAAUUUACUGUGUAUCACACAGAUCUCGUCAUAGGUCAACUAAGAAGUUACUAAUCCACCACUCUCUGCUCUCUAGUUGAAGAUAUUAAUAUAUCUGUCUGGAAAACACUAGAUGAAAUAAAAGAAGACAAAAAUCUUUUCAAAAACGAGGGAGAGUGGGAACUUCUCAAUUUGGUGCCUCGAUACAAUAUGUUCAACGAUGAAGGAGAAGUCUUUGGAGAGGCAAAGUUUGAUGUGAGUUAAGAGUGAGGUUAAUUUUAGCAAAUAUUAAUAAAAUCCAUAUUUAUAUACCCAAUAGGUGGAUGAAGUAAUAUUAGAAAAUGUAUUAUAAUGAAACAAUUACAGCAAUUGUUUAAAUUCUGUAUCCAUAUAUAUCCUAUUACAGAUAAUUUUUAAAAGAAGAUCUGUCUUCUAUGUUGUGAAUCUGAUUUUGCCAAGUACAUUCCUCAUGGUAAUGGAUAUUGUUGGCUAUUACUUACCUCCAGAGUGUGGAGAAAGAAUCUCUUUCAAGAUUACCCUACUUUUGGGUUAUUCUGUAUUUCUCAUUAUUGUGUCAGAUACACUACCUCCAACUUCCAUCGGAACUCCUUUAAUAGGUAACACUAACAUUUUAUUUUACCUUUAUAAUGAUAACUAAGAUAAUAGAAUGUAAUGAUAUUUGUCUUCAAUCACACAGUUUUUGUUUUUUUAUUCUUGCAUGUAAUUGUUGACCAAAAAUUAUUCUAUGGGUUGAAUUUUCCCUUUUAGAAGGAUGGGGGGGUGAGGGGUGGGAGCUGCGAUGAACAAAUGAAAUACCUUUUAAUUUGUGCCGCAAUAAAUCAAUCAAUCCAGGAUUUGCCUUUGGAAUUCAAUUCAUCGAAUUUGUUCGAUCCAUUCGUUCAGGCAUAAAUUAAAAAACAUUAGAUUAGUUCGUCCUAGCCAGAAAACAUUUGUGCACAACUCAAUCUUCUAUUUUAGAAUUUUUUUUACAACUUUGAAAAAAAAUAAUAAUCGUAUAAGCCAAUCUCAACAAAAAAGAAAAGCAUGACUUCAAAAUGUAAUUUAAACAAUAGUAAAGUUUAAUAAAAUAAGUAUAAAAUAUAGUAUCGUUUGGGAAAGCAAUUCAUUGCACACCUACUGCACUGUCCUUGGCUAAAUGACUCAAUUAUGUAAUUAAUUUCCUGUCUGAAUUUCUCAUUAGUGAUGUCCCGAACGGUUCGCCUAAACUCUCACUUGAGAACGAUUUUCAGCGAGAUGGCAAAACCGGAAUAUGAGAAAUAGUGAUGUCCCGAACCGUUCGCCGAACGGUUCGCCGAACGGUUCGCCGAACGGUUCGCCGAACGGUUCGCCACGGACGGCGAACAUAUGACCCUGUACCUCACAGUCAGCAGACACAUUCCAGCCAAUCAGCAGCAGACCCUCCCUCCCAGACUCUCCCACCUCCUGGACAGCUCACUAAGAAUGCAGCUUCAAAAUGGAUGCUGUCCAGGAGGUGGGAGGGUCUGCUGCUGAUUGGCUGGAAUGUGUCUGCUGACUGUGAGGUACAGGGUCAUAUGUUCGCCAUCCGUGGCGAACCGUUCGGCGAACCGUUCGGCGAACCGUUCGGGACAUCACUAUUUCUCAUAUUCCGGUUUUGCCAUCUCGCUGAAAAUCAUUCUCAAGUGAGAGUUUCAAUAAUGGACUUGAAUCAUACAAAAUACUGAUAUAUAUGGAAACAAACAAUAACAUACAACAUGUACAUUUACCAUCUUACUAUUUUCUGUCUUAUUUCACUAGCUCUGUAUUUUAUAAUCUGCAUGGUUCUGCUUGUGAUCAGUUUAUCAGAGAGUAUCUUCGUAGUCCGAAUAGUUCAAAAAAAGAACUUCAAGACUCCAGUUCCUAAUUGGAUGAAGAAACUGGUCUUAGAGAAGAUUACGUUUUUGCUGUGUACCAAAGAUUUAAACAAAUUAAAUGAAUCACGCACCCUCAGCUCUGAAGUUUCUUGGCAAAAUGAAAAUAGUUAUACUGGUAAGUGUGAUCCCAUAAAUAUUCAGCUGCUGUUAAAUACGUAACAGGUGUCCCUGAUUGCUAAUCCCUUAUCAGUCUAUCCAUCAAUAUCCACAGGCUAUAAUGGUUACAGAGUGUUCCUUGGUUACAAAUACAAACAACACGCAGGCUUUAAUCCACAUAACACCAUACAUAAUCUAUCAGUUUUGCAAAGUUGUAUAAAAUCACUUAAUCUAAACUAAUCUAAGUAAUCUGUCUAAUAAUAAUGGAUAUUAUCUUAAACAGAACACUUUAAAUUUUAAACAAGAAUAACUGUUAAUUAUACAAACAGGGGAAGAAUCAUUAGACACACUGAAAAGAAUUCGGUUUAUUAGCCUGCAAUCUAGAGGUAUUAUCGCGAUAGGCACAUUUUUUUAUGUAUAGUAUUUUAUGUCACUAAUUUAGGUUGCUAUCAUAGUAUACUUUUAAAGGAUGCUGGUAACCUGCCUACUACCAAGGUACACCAGAAGAUUUAAUAGAUCCCCUUUUGAGUUUACUUACUAAACAGUCAACUUUAGUGAAUAAAUGGACAGUCUAAGCACCACAAUCACACAAUGAAAUAAUAUCGGGGCAUGGAUGCUGCACCUUCUGUUUUGUUGUUGUCUGUAGAGAUGUUGCGAACUGUUCGCGAACUUCCCGCGAACGGCUCGCCACGGUUCGCCACGAACCGUUCGUGGCGAACUCCGGUCAGCUGACACAUCCCGGCCAAUCUCCAGCAGACCCUCCCUCCCAGACCCUUCCACCUCCUGGACAGCAUCCAUGUUGAAGGCAGCGAACGGUUCGCGACAUCUCUAGUUGCCUGUAGUGGUGUUCCCCAAUAAUGGCUGAAAGAUAGAUAGCCACUAGGGACUUCAGACUAAAAAUAUAAUAAUUUAAUCUAUUUAAGGUCAACAUCAACAUGCCAAGUAUGCCUUUAUUUACCAAACGGUUUUCCAAUCAGUUUCAUAGACUUCUUGUAGGUAGACAUGUUGUAGUUCACAAUUUUUUAAUGGGCUUUAUUAAUUAAGGUUAAUUGUUGUACGGCAUUCUCAGUGUCAAAUGUUAACAUUUCAUCAGCUUCUAUGGCAAUGAUUUAUUUGUAUUAUUUUAUUCACAACCCUUUAAAAAUAACCCACAUUAUGUCUCCUUUUAUAUCGACAUUUCACCAAUGUGUGUCAUAACCAGCUGUCCAUCAGAUGGUGAAGUUCAUCACUAACUUUGGAAGGUUAUCACGUUUCCUGAGACAAUUUCUUGGAUAGUAAAAUUCCUGAGAAUGAAGCCCUUGCUAUGUUUUCCAGCUGGCCUGAGUUCUUCUAUGCACGUGCACAGUCAAGGAACAUAAAUAAACUCACAACAAAACACUGAACUAUCACAUAAUUUCUUCCAUGUGCAAGUCUUGGCUCUUUUAAGAUAAAGAUUUAAACAAGGAAGUACACAAUGCAGAUGGCACUCUAUAUAGACAAAAAGAUAAUACUAGUUAUUUAAAAAGGAGAAGCAUUGCUAAAUUUGAACACAAAGGAAGUUUUGGCUUUUAAGACGGAGCCUUUGAUUGGCUCAGAUUCAAGGAUAUUGGCUAAGAACCCGUGAGAGUCACAGAGGGUGCAUAUAGAUUUGUUUAUUUCAUUGACAUAGAAUACUUUGUAUUGUUUAAAAAGGUUUUUAAAUUUUAUUUGUCCAAAUGUUUUGCUUCAACCCUUCUUUCUACAAUUCAUAUUAAAUAUGGUGACCAGAAGGAACGGUAAAGCUUAUUUAUUUUUUAACUUAAUUUUUUAACUUUUAUGAAGGAUACUUAGGCCUAUUGACUGGAGUAAUGUUUUAUUUUUCUUUAUUUUUUGUGAGGCAUCAUACUAAAUUGAGUACAUAACCACACUUACAAGCACAUUAUAAGAAGGAGGGCGGAGUGGCCAUCGGGCAAACCUGGCAAAUGUCCUGUGGGCUUCAAUGAUCAUGGAUCGAGACCGACAAAGGAUAUCAGAGGACCUCUCCUGCUGGCCCAUGCAGAGCCUGGAUUAUCCAAGUGUCGGCCCUGCUAUGUGCCUUCAUGGGCCAGAGAUGAGAUCUAAGAUUUCCCUCACCGGCACACUGGCAACUUAAAUCCGGCAGAGUGUGAGGACAAGGGGGCUCUAGCCAGCAGCUCCUCUGGGUCCUGAAAGUUCCUCUAGCAAGGUCAUGCAUUCCAAGUGGCUAGUUCCUUACACUAAAAUGUAGCAAUUAACAAACAUCACUUUGAUUCUCUCAUUUCUUGUGUGCCACGAAACCCAUGUGCAAUUUGUUGGUAGGUCCAGGGAAACCAUAUAAAGGGAGUUACUAGGGGACUCUGUGGGCUGAUUGUAGAUUUAUUCUGCUAAUAUGUGGCAUCAAACUUGUUUUAACUGAGUUUUCUGUGGGAGAUAUUUACAGAACCUUUCAAUGUGCAGGCAUUAAGGGGAUAUUAAAUACAUUGAAAUACAAUAUAUGCGUAUCAGUAAGCAAUGUUUUGCAUUCAGAAAUGUCCACAUACUGACUGGGAAAACAGUAGGCUUAAGGAACAUUGCAAGCAACAUGACCACUACAACUUGCUUGCUGUAGUUGUUAUGGUGCCAUAAGUAUCCUGGCACCCCUCCAUUGUAAGAAGUCAAACCAUCUUAGAACUGUAUAACUUCUUACAUGGACUCUGCUGGGUGGUGCACCCCGGCUCAACUACUUCCUGUAGAGAGAUGGAUGCUCUCUAUCUGAACUAAACCUGGUUUUGCAGAGCUUAGCUCAUUUGCUGAGGGAAAUCACUGAUGCUCUCAACGAUAGAGCUAGCCCUGCAUUGCAGAACUCAGCUUGGGAAGGCUUGCAGAAGCUCCUUCUUUGGGGCUUACCGCUCUCUAUAGGAAGAAGUGGAGGCAGGGAGUGGUACCUGGCAUUCCCCACUUAAGAAGUCAAAGUGUUCUUAUAUGAUUUGAUCUCUUACAAUAUGGGACGCCAAGGCUCUCCUGGAACUCUGUAACAGUUAUAGUACUUGGAGAAUUACUAUAUCUGUGUGAAAGGAGCAUUUCAGGGACAAUUUAUACAUUUACACAUUUUCCACUUUGGUCAAUAUAUAUUGUUUGAAAGUAAGACAAAACACCAUCAAUCACGUGAGAAACUUAGUUUUUUCUUCUCUUCCACAGAGGAAUUGUCUAAAUACAACCAUGUCAAGAUAGAAGAUGACAAGGGAUCUGACGAAGAUAUUCUGGCAAUUGGAGGAAAGCAUACAAUUAUGGCUCAAAUCCUGAAAGAGAUAGCAUCUAUCAGAAGCUACUUAGAGAUGAGCGAUGACAAUGAUAUCACCAGACAGUGGUUGCAGAUUGUGUAUGUCUUAGACAGACUCCUAUUCCGUUUGUAUCUUUUGCUAGUAUUGACAUAUAUUGUAACCUUGUCGGUCCUUUGGUCAAAUUGCGAUGAGCCCAGUAACUUGUUGGGGUCACCAGACUAAACUUUAUGCUUUGCUAAAAAUACAUGACUUCUCAAAAGUGAUUCUGCACCAUUUCUUUUUAACAAGUUUAUUAUAGUUGACAUUUUAAUUGCAAGCAGCGUUUAACCUGACAAUGCAAACGUAAAUUCUGCUAAAAUUACACCAUAUAUGUAUACUCAUGCACUUCAAUAAUUAAUGGAUAAAAAUCAGCAAUAUUGGCACUAUGCAUGAUUCUACUUAAACAUAAAACCUGGUAAACCUGGUGAAACUUGCCUUGGAAUGCUCUGUACAGUAAAGAAUUCUCAAGGUGGCAGGAGAAUAUAAAAGCUCCCCCUAACCCUUGUUAGUAGGGCCAUAGAGACUGGGCCUCUUCUAGCUCUAUGUGGGGCCGUGGCAAAGUUUUUUUGGAUACACGGACAAAUAUGCAUUUUGCCACUCCUCUAAAAUGUGUCUUUGUCUAUGAAGGCCUGUGUGUCUCUUAACUUCCUUUUUGCCCCUCUUACUCAACCUUUUGCCCCUUUUGUUUAUAUAACCUAUUUUGUGUCUCUCUGAGGCAGCCUCCUGUGCUUCCUCAUGGUAGCGCCAACUCCGUCUCUGAGUAUUAAAACCACAGAACUGUGUAUUCCAAGGUCAACAUAUCAUGGGUAGGUAGCCUGGAGACCUCUAGCCCAGCAUUAUUAUUAACCUCUGACCCACCGGGCAGAGGUGGAGGAAGAAGAGUAAGGCUUCUAUCCUGUAUGGAUUUACCCCCACCACAAUUAGAAUGGUGAAGAAAGGAGACCAUUUGUCAAGCCACAGCCAUCGGUGGGGCCCAGUAAACCUCAGGUCAUUUUUUUAUUAAGUCCUCCAUCGAAUGUAGUUUGGCGGUUGGGUAAUAUAUCUUAACUUUCUUGAGUUAAUGUUGGUGGCCUUAUGGACUCCAUGAGUGCCCUUUUUUAAAAAAAAUUAAACUAUUUUGCCCUUUCGAAAUCUCCACUGUGGACCUGAAAGGGUUAUUUUUUAUGACAUUGCAUGUCCACUCCGGCUUUGCUAAGUAGCUAGUGCAACCUUACACUAAUCUCACACGCUAUGAAAUUUGCACCCUGAAAUUGGCUAUUUAUACAUAGGAAGUUUCUGCUACCUCACUAAGUGGAUAAUGUUAUUAUGACUCAUGCCAGCUAAUAAAUUACAUUUUGAAGUAAGAAUACAUCACCCCAAAAAAUGCAACAUCACUUCAAAUUAACUCCAGAGUAUUUGCAUAUAUAUGGGGCUGAUUGUUGCAUCUAAUGUAGUAGACAGUCAGUCAAAGGAGCUGUGACCAACAACUGGAGAUAGUUAAUCAGUAUAGAGAGGCCAAAUGCAAGUCAACAAGAAGGUCUGUGCCACAGGACCAAUCCCCAGAUUACUUGGGGAAAGUACCGUACUUUAGAUGUGGGUAGACUGGGUUGGAUUGAGUGUGUGUUUUGUGAUGAUGUCAUGCACUUGGGCCACACAUUGGAACUUCAGCUUUAAUAUGAGCACUACACAACAUAAUUGUAUAAUUAGUUUGUCAUGAAGGAUUUUUUUGUAUUGGUUCUUUCAGAGUUGAAAACACACUGAGAUAUGUGCAAGGCUAAUUAAGUCUUUACUUUUUGUAAAAUAGUAAUAGUGGAAGGCAGCAUAGUAUAGAGCAUUGAUAAUGAACAUGUGCCUUCUCAUUUCAUGCCAUGCCUGUUUGCUGGACAUGGUUUUUAACUAUAUAAGUCGGUACUCUGGCUAAUGGUUGUAAUAUUUUACUACAGCUGAGCUUUACUGAGUAGUGAUGUCCCGAACGGUUCGUUGAACGGUUCGCCACGAACGGUUCGCCGCGGACUCAUCAUUGAGUAAACUUUGACCCUGUACCUC